AAAAACAAAUUUAAAAAAAAAUUGAGAAAAAAAAUUUGCGAAAAUUUGCAAAAAAACGUGUGGCAAUAAUUUCGGUAGUUUAUUGUGUGCGGGAUUCUUCGGCGACCCCGUUUCAUUGUUGUAUGUACCAAUUACUUGUUGUAAUUGUUGCUGUGCUGGCACAAUUUUAUGGUCCACUUGUUGUUGUUGGUGUAGUUGUGCGGUAUUUACGCGUGCAUUUUCGAAAGUGGUUGACCUCAGCAAGUGGCAAGGGGGCGUGCUGACUGCAACGGUGACAACAACAACACCAACAGCAACAGUAAGCCAGUAAGCAAGCAAGCGAGCGAGCAGCAUCAACGGCAACGGCAAGUCAACAACAGCCAAGCGAGCAACAAAAGCUUUCUCAGCAAAUCAACGGCGGUUAUCUUACAACAACCAAAGCGUAACCCGAGCAACUUUGACAUCGGCGACAUCUGUUCAAUCAAACGGCAAACAACGAAGAACUUAAAUACUUUUCCAAAGAACAUCUGUAAAGUAGUGGAAAUAAGUAAAAGAAAUAGAAUGAUAAGUUGUUCGUAAAACCCUCGCACACCGCAUCGAUUACACUCUAGCAGUCUAUAUCGCCUCCAACUGUCACUACACACCGUUGUUGUUGUUAUUGUCUGCUCGUCGCCAGCGUUAGUAGUUUUGUCGUCAUGUAUGCGAAAUGUGUUGCACACACUACUGUCAUUAAAUGACAAAUGUUUGGCAGCAUCAAUCAGUGGCGAAACGGAAAACAACAACAACAACACAGUCAACUGUCAACACAACAAAAAGCAAAUAAGAAGCAGCAGCGAAACAGAGCGACGCAGCAGAGCAGAUCGCGUCGUGGACGGUUAGCGCUCGUCAAUUGCACUGGUGACGGCAUGGCCAUUAGCCGGGGGCGCGGCAAUAGCACGCACUCUUGGUUUCUACUCAAAGAUUCGGUGAUAUUCGUGUUGGUGUUGUGCGCAUUGCAGUUGCUGCUAAGUAAGCUGGCAAUAAGCGCGGAGAUGCUGCAAACAGCCGAAGGUGUUGAACGGCGGCCUGGCGCUGUCGCUACCGCAGUUAGCGAUAGCAAUGCACUAGACGCCGUGGAACGCCAGAUGGCGCAGUUUGUAGAGAAAUUAUUGCUUGGUGAACAUUCUGUGGCGGAAACCAAAGAAGCGGCUGAGCAGCAUGCGCGCGCCAGCAACAGUAUUAGUAUUAACCAGCAAAGUAGUAGGCGUAGCAGUAGUGAUAGCUUAAGUAACGGUAGUUUAAGCAAUGAUAACAAACACAACACAAACAACACAGCCAACAUAGCUCCAAAUAAACUCGGCAACAUCACGCGCGCGCCAGCGGAUGCGCAUAAAUCAAGCGAUAAACGAGUUGGUAAGCCGCAAACCACAAAUGAAAGUGAUACGCGCGAACUGAAUAAUAUCGCAAAUAUACACAACAACACACAGCGUAUGCUCGCCACCGCCACAGGCAAAACACACACAUCACCGCCAUCGGCUGUGGCUGGGAAUGCCGCUGACAGCAAGCAAAUGCAGCGCGCCGUCAUCAGUAUGCCCGAGCAGAUACGUGAGAACGUCGUGCUGUCAUCUGUCGAUCCGGAAAAGGAGGCGCAGUUGUUGUACGAGCAAACACUGCUGGAGUAUCAUGGCAGCGUGCAGGCGGCCGCGGCGGCAAGCGGUGCGUCAUCAACGGCCACAGCUGAUAAGCCUGCGGCGGUGGACGAUGGGCGUGCGUCAUCGGUUGAGGGCGCGAACGCAGAGCGGCAACCACGCACUUUGCACAGCGUCUGUGAGGUGUGGACGCAGAAGCAUUGCCACUGCACUGGCACGCUGGAGCGGCUGUCGCUCAGUUGUCGCGGCAUUGGCGUUGUUGCGGUGCCCGUGGAGCUGCCAGACACCGUGGUGACACUAGAUCUGGGCAACAACAACAUAACUAUAUUUGAGGCUAACACAUUUUUCAUGGUACCCAACCUCGAAGAACUAACUUUAUCCGACAAUAGCAUCAUUAAUAUUGAUCCGAAUGCAUUUUAUGGACUUGGCAAAUUGAAACGUUUGAAUUUACAAAAUUGUGGCCUUAAAUCAUUGCCAGCGCAUACAUUUCAAGGAUUGAAAAAUUUAAUUUCACUCCAGCUGAACGGCAACGCCUUAGCCAGCAUGGACACGGACAGUCUGCAGCAUCUGCCGAAAUUACGCACGCUACGGCUUGAGGGCAAUCUGUUCUAUCGGAUACCGGCAAACGCUUUGGCUGGAUUAAAGACACUCGAAGCACUAAAUCUUGGCAGUAACCUUCUGACAAUAAUUAACGAUGACGACUUCCCACACAUGCCAAAUUUAGUGGUGCUUCUUUUGAAACGGAAUCAAAUAAUGAAGAUCUCCUCGGGUGCAUUUACGAAUCUGACAGCUUUAAAAGUGUUAGAAUUGGAUGACAACUUAAUCAACAGUCUGCCAGAGGGAUUGAACAAACUAACGCAUUUGCAAGAACUAUCAGUUACCAGCAAUCGUUUGCGUUGGAUAAACGAAACUGAUUUACCGAGAAAUUUACAAACGAUUGAUUUUCGUGCCAAUCCGCUUUCGAUAAUUAUGCCGAAAGCGCUGAGGGGCAUGACGAGAUUGCGAAAAUUAAUUCUGUCCGAUGUGCGUUCACUGAAGGUUUUCCCCGAUCUUGAAGGCUGCUUCUCAUUGGAGGUCAUAAAACUAGAUCGUGCCGGCAUCAAGGAAGUGCCCGCCAAUUUGUGUCGUCAAACACCAAGACUGAAAAGCUUAGAGCUAAAAACGAAUUCCUUAGUGCGCAUUCCCAAUUUAGCCAAUUGCAGAGAAUUAAGACUGUUAGAUCUUUCGAGUAAUUAUAUUGAAUCGCUUAGUGGGCGACCCUUCGCCGGCCUUAAACAACUGCACGAUUUGGUGUUGUCGUACAAUCGCAUCAAAGCGUUACCUUACGAUGCCUUCUUCGGCAUACCACGUUUACAGUUGUUAGACUUAGAAGGUAAUGAGAUCACCACCAUACACAAAGAAGCCUUUAUGCCUUUCGCCAAGUUGGAGGAUCUCAAUUUGGGCAAUAAUAUCUUCCCUGAGCUUCCAUCCGCCGGCCUAAACAAGUUGCUGCAUUUAAAGACUUUUAACAAUCCGAAGCUGCGCGAGUUCCCCGCGCCCGACACGUUCCCACGCAUUCAAACGCUCAUACUUUCAUACGCUUACCACUGUUGCCCCUUCAUACCGUUAGUGGCGAUGUCGGCAGCUAAGAAACCGCCACUUGUACAAGAAGCUGUGCUCUUUCCAUCCGAUUCAGAGUUCGAUAUGAGCUUGUGGAACAAUAGCAUGAUGGACAUAUGGCCGCAGCUGCAAAAUCUCAGCAAAAAGUUUGGCAACCAAAUGCACGAUAUUUGGGAUAAUUUCGGGCAAGACUUUAAUUAUCCCGGGAAUAUUCCAACUUAUGUCGAGGAAUACUUCGAGGAAGACGGUACAGGUACCACGACAAGUUCAAUGAGCAUGACCAGCAGUUUUGCCGGUUUCAGUAAUGGUCUCUUCGGCACAAUGGAUAUCGACAUAGUUCCCGGUUCCAUACAAUGUCUACCGAUGCCCGGUCCGUUUUUGCCUUGCUCCGACCUAUUUGACUGGUGGACUCUACGCUGUGGCAUUUGGGUUGUCUAUCUGCUGGCGUUGCUGGGUAACGGUACUGUCAUUAUAGUGUUGUUGUUUUCACGCUCCAAAAUGGAUGUACCCCGCUUUCUGGUAUGCAAUUUAGCCGCCGCCGAUUUCCUAAUGGGCAUUUACCUUGGUACAUUAGCCAUAGUAGACGCCGGCACAUUGGGAGAGUUUCGCAAGUUCGCCAUUCCGUGGCAGAUGUCGCGCACAUGCCAGUUUUCUGGUUUCAUGGCGGUGCUCUCAUCGGAGUUGUCGGUAUAUACGUUGGCGGUGAUUACCUUAGAGCGUAAUUAUGCAAUAACACAUGCGAUACAUUUAAACAAGCGACUGUCACUGCAUCAGGCCGCAUACAUCAUGGCUGCUGGAUGGACAUUCGCACUAAUCAUGGCAACCCUACCAUUGUUGGGCAUCUCAGACUAUCGGAAAUUUGCUGUAUGUCUGCCGUUCGAGACCACAACCAGCGUGGCCAGUUUAACGUAUGUCAUUGCGUUGAUGUUCAUCAACGGCUGUGCCUUCUUGACACUGAUGGGCUGUUAUUUGAAAAUGUACUGGGCCAUACGUGGCUCACAGGCCUGGAAUAGUAAUGACUCCCGCAUAGCGAAACGCAUGGCACUACUUGUUUUUACCGAUUUUCUAUGUUGGUCUCCGAUAGCUUUCUUCUCCAUCACUGCCAUAUUUGGUUUGCAACUGAUCACACUGGAACAAGCCAAAAUAUUCACAGUAUUCGUGCUGCCAUUGAAUUCUUGCUGCAAUCCUUUCCUCUAUGCCAUCAUGACGAAGCAAUUCAAGAAAGAUUGCAUCACGCUGUGCAAACACUUCGAGGAGACGCGUGUAACACGUGGCGCUGCCGCUGCAAACACAGCGCUAGCCGGCGGUCUAAGCCGACGAGGCGGUGUGCGCAUGCCAAAGGAAUUGCCACCCUUGCUGCCCGCCCCACAUCCGCCCGGCUGUCGUUCUUUGCGCAUGAUGCCCAAUGAAAUGCCCAAUUGGCACAAGUUACAAGAGCGCGAUCAAAGACGUGAGUCCUGGAUUUGCAUGACGUGGCACCGUUUGGCAAUCUGUUGUCACUGCACCGAUCCAGAAGAUGACGACGAUGAUGACGUGCUGACACCAGAGCGGCGGCGUCUUGGCGGACGUCGCCAACGCAAGCCGAACAAGUCGAAUCAUCGUCAUGCGCGUACACGCUCGCACAACGCCAAUACAGAACCGUACCUUUAUCAGUUCGCUGAGCUUAAGCAGAAACAGAAGCAGACACGCGCCAGCUCGAUAUCUAGUGAGAACUUCUGUUCGUCACGUUCAUCUAGUUGGCGCAAUGGACCACCAUCGGCGGGCGCGCUGCCACACACAUGCAACAUACCACUCAAGAUGAUGGAUCCGAAUCGUCGGAGACACUCGGCGUGGCUGAUUACACGAAAAACAUCGCAAGAUUCGAAUUUAUCGAGCUCACGCAAUGACAGCUCGGCUUCAGCCACAACGGCCAGCACUUCCACGUUCCGGUUGUCGCGUUCAAGUGCGGGUAGUACCACGCCACUGCCGUCCAUCAUGGCGCAUAGCAGCAAAUCACAGCAACAGCAAUUGCAGCAACACUCGACACUGCCGUCCAAGCCACGUCUGGUGCGUCAAGAGGCAGUGCAAGAGGAAGAAGACUCCUCGCCACCGCGUCUGGGUGUACGCUUUCUGCCCACCAUACCAUCGGCGGCCGACAGUUCCAUUGUCAUGGAGGAUGGCGACUCAGCCAUGAACGUAGCCAGCGUCAUGGGCAUGCCACUGCCGGGCGCAGCCAGCGGCUUCUACACUGUGCUGCAGGCGCAAAGCGGCGGCGCGGCGAAAACACUGCUCACCACGGCGUCUAGUCCACCAAAGGAGGAACAGCCGCCAUGACACUGCUGCCAGUGCACAGGCGACGUGAAACCAAAAUCGGUACCACCAAUAAGUGAUAACAAUGUGAAACCUUGUAUUAGUGAGGCAUUUCUUUGACGCUUUUAUGGCGCUUAAGUUUCAAUGUACUUUCUCAGUGCUGCAUGUCGGCUGUAUGUCUGUAUAUACAUAACGGAAUUAGUGCAUCAACUGUACCGACCGUGUAAUGCAUAUUCAAGUAGUUACCAUUAUUUAUAUAUUUAAUGAAUUAAGUACAACUAUUACAAAAACAAGAAGUAGGUAGUCAAUUUGUACAGUAGCCGUUAGAAAUGUGUGUUUGUAUGUUUGUACGUAUGUAGUUAAAUGCUAAGCUCUUAAAAACAUGAAUGAGAUUUAAGUUUAAAUUACUCAAAAUAUUUGUAUGUAUGUAUGUAUGCAAUGCUGAGCACUUAUCUGGACGCUAGGUGCUUAGGCCCGAGAGAUUUCUUACACAAACUAUUUAAAACACGAUUUCAUAGAGCAAAAUAUUAUCGAAAUUAUUUACAUCUUUCCUCGCCAACAUUUGCCCACUCAUAACGUCACGUCCAAAUAAAAGAUACUGGUGUCCACUGAUAUA